AUGCGUUAUUUCUUCAAGCCAAUUCAGGUGUGCUUCACAGAAGGGUCGAGGUUGGAAAAAUAUGUUGGAAGUGGCAAUCAGCAGAUACUGAAUGUCCUUUUGAUUGUACAGGUCUCCCAAAGGAUGAAGUGGAUUGUAGUUAUACUCUUGUCCUUGACAGCCGCAGAAAGGUCUUUGACAGCCGCAGAAAAUGGACAGCAGAGGGGUGGUGUUGGUGAUUUCGUAAAACAUUUUCCAUCAAGAGUGGCCGAAGACGUGAAGGCGGAAUCCCGGGCAGCAGAUUCGUGGUUCAAGAGGUGGUUCGCUCCGUUCAUUCCUUGGAAUAAAAAACCGACUAAGAUCACUGACCUCGGACCAGGAUAUUUCAGUAAAAAAAAAUAAUCAAAUACUGCGUGCAUUUGGACAAAACUUCAAUGCUGAGUGUUUUGUUUUUGGCCGGAAAGCACUCAAUAAACAAUGUUUGCCUUGUUAG